UGCCUAUCCUCCAGAGAUUUCUUUAUUAUUGCAAACGCUAAGGAGAAGUAUGGCAUUUCGUAUUCUCAAUUCUCAUCUAUAUGCCCAGCCAUUCUACAACAAGUUCUGAGUAAAGCUUGUAAAAAUAAUACCAAGUAUUUUGCUCCUCCUUCCAACAAAGCACAAGACCUCGUAAAAAAUUUCCCUGUUCUACUUGUAGUGUGGGGAUUCGGCAUUCUAUUUACAACGAUUAUUUGUUUGGGAUCUGUCCUCGGAGCUGCUAUACUGCCUUUCAUGAAUGGAGCGACGUAUAAGAAAGCAAUGAUAUUUAUGAUAGCACUCGCUGUCAGUACUUUAUCUGGAAACGCUGUAUUACAUCUCAUUCCAGGCGUGAUUGCAAGUGUUGCUUGGCUGAUAUUAAUUGGUGAUGCCCUCCACAACUUUACUGAUGGAUUAGCUAUGGGUGCAGCCUUUAAAACUUCGAUACCCCAAGGAAUCAGUACAUCAAUCGCCAUACUUUGCGAAGAAGUCCCUCAUGAACUCGGCGAUUUCGCUAUCCUCGUUAAUUCCGGAAUGUCGGUAAAGCGAGCCGCUAUGUGUAAUUUCUUCUGUGCUUCUACCUGCUUUAUUGGCUUGGCAUUUGGCAUCUUAAUUGGAGAAGAUCCUGCUGCCAGUCAGUACAUAUUUGGAGUUGCUGCUGGGAUAUUCCUUUAUAUAUCGUUAGCCGCAAUGUUACCGGAAAUGACUGAGCAACUAGAACUGUCAGACGAUAACGGUGAAAAAAAGGCGAAGAAAUCAAGUUUUUGGUCCCUUUUCCUUAUACAGAACAUUGGAUUGUUAACUGGAUUCGGAAUAAUGAUUGUUUUAGCUGUUUAUGAAAAUGACAUUCAGAUUUGA